ACUACUAUCCCGUCCAUCAAAAUGUUCCUGUGAAAUUUCACGGUAAUGUCACGUUUAUAUUUUGUAAUUUUCCACAUAAAAAGUGUUGGUACAUAGCUGUAAAUAGUGUCAAGUAAGUUAAUCCACAAGUUCCGGAGUAAAUUUCCACAUAGUCCGGAUCUGAAGUUAGUUCAACAGAGCAGGACACUGUGUAUUCAAACAUGGGCAAAGAAAGCAAACUCGAUGCCGAUAAGGCUCUAAACGGCUCCAACGUCGACGACGAAACGCGAAAAAAGAAAAAAAGCAAAAAACACAAAAAGCACAAGCGGAGCGAAGAGGACGAAGACAAAGCUUACAAAAAGAAGAAAAAAUCAAAAAAGGAAAAACAUAAAAGCCCCAAACCGGAAAGUGAGACAUCUCUCUCUGAUGUGGAAGAACUUAUAAAGAAGAGCAGAGACCGAAAACCUCCGCCAAAAGAACCUUCAAUAGUUAAAGAGAAGAACGGUGACACUAGAGAAAAAGAUGAAGCUUUAGAAAUCAUAUCGUCAAAUUCAGAAACAGAAAAUUACCAAGAAGACUGCGCCAGCCCUGAACUAAAUGUGAUCGAAGAUGAUCUAAAUCUUGAAGAACUUAUGAAACAAAAGGAACUACUACAAGCGUUCCUUGUCGCUUACUAUUCAGAUAAAAGUGACGAAAGUGAUAGUGAGAAAAAGAAAGAUGAUAUCAUAUGUAUCAACGAUGAUAAAUCACCGGUUGCCAAAAAGUCAAAAACGGAAGAGAAAAGAAAAAAAACAAGCAAGGACAGAUCCGCGGAAAGGGAAAAGGAACGACAUAGAUCAAGAAGGCACGAAGAAGAUUUACGAGAGAUCAUUAAUAGAGAGAAUAGGAAAGAGAUGGAGAAACGGUUAGAACAUAGGGAAAGGAAAGAGCGCGAACGACGGAAGCUUCACGAAGCUGAGCGGGAGCGGGAGCGGGUGCGCGAGCGGGAGCGGGAGCGGGAACGCGAGAGAGAAAAGAAGAGAGAGCGCGAACGUGAGCGGGAAAGAGACAGACGUGAUAAAGUGGUAAAGCGGGAUAGAGAGAGUGAAGUCAGGCGUCGAAGGUCUAGAGAGAGGACGCCGCCGAGACGGUCGAGGCGGCCGUCGGACAGAGAUAGAAGGUCGAGAGAGAGACAUAGAGAUCGGUCGAGGGAUAAGAGAGGAGGGAGCAGGGAUAGACGCAAGAACUCUGGCAGCGAAGUGGCGCACCUAGUGGCCAGUUCAUCCGACGAGCUGGACAUUUCCAUCAACACUGAUGAUGAGGAGGAAACUGAGGAGCAGAUCAUCGAGCGACGCCGCAAGCAGAGAGAACAGCUGCUCAAGAGGCUAGGCGGCGCCAAAGACGAAAAACAGGAGAAAGAUCCCGAACCCCACACGACGCCACCCAAAAUACCCGACCCCAAACCGGACCCUAAACCCGGCACGCCGGAGCCGAAACCCGAACAGAAAGAGAAGGAAGACAUACCUAAAGAAGAUAAGAAGGAGGAAGACAGAAGUCACAAGGUGGAGAAGAGGACGGGCUCGGAGUGGGACAUGUUCGCGGAUCAGGAUAACUUCGACGUUGAUAGCCCCACAGUUGGCAGACCGCGAGGCAAGAAUACUCUAGAGAAUCCCUCUCUCACAGACAAUUGGGAUGAUGCCGAAGGAUACUACAGAGUCCGCAUCGGCGAAUCGCUGGACAACCGUUACACGGUAUACGGGUACACCGGGCAGGGAGUAUUCAGUAAUGUCAUAAGGGCGCGGGACCAGGCGCGGGGCGGCGCUGACGUCGCCGUCAAGAUCAUACGCAACAACGAGAUCAUGCACAAGACCGGUCUACGCGAGCUGGAGAUCCUGAAGCGUCUGAACGACGCGGACGCGGACGACAAGUUCCACUGCCUCCGUCUGUUCCGCCACUUCUUCCACAAGCGCCAUCUGUGUAUGGUCAUGGAACCACUGUCCAUGAACUUGCGUGAGGUGCUAAAGAAGUAUGGCAAAAAUAGCGGAAUCCACAUCAAAGCAGUCAGGAGUUACACUCAGCAGAUACUACUAGCGCUGAAACUACUCAAAAAGACUGGGAUAUUGCACGCUGACAUAAAACCCGACAACAUCCUAGUGAACGAAAGCAAGCUGCUCCUCAAACUGUGCGAUUUCGGCUCCGCCGCCGUGGUGACAGAGAACGACUUCACGCCCUACCUCGUGUCCAGGUUCUACCGAGCCCCAGAGAUCAUCCUCGGCGUGCCAUACGACUUCGGCAUCGACAUGUGGUCCACGGCCUGCACUAUAUACGAACUGUCCACCGGGCGCAUCAUGUUCAGCGGCAAAUCCAAUAAUGAAAUGUUGAAAUAUUUUAUGGACUUGAAGGGAAAGAUCCCUAAUAAGAUUAUCAAGAAGGGCAUGUUUAAGGACCAGCAUUUUGAUGCGCAGUGCAAUUUCUUGUAUCACGAGUUGGAUCGGGUUACUGAGAGGGAAAAAGUAGUAGUAAUGACCAGCAUAAAACCGACACGCGACCUCCAAUCAGAGCUCGCGCCCUCCCACCACCGCCUCCCAGCCAACGAAGCGAAGAAGAUCACGCAGCUCAAGGAUCUACUCGAGCGCAUGCUGAUGCUCGACCCGGCCAAGCGCGCGUCCGUCAACCACUGCCUCGCGCACCCCUUUAUACAAGAGAAGAUAUAGCAUAUAGCCGCUCAUGUAAUACAGAAUAAAUAAUAGUACUAGGUGCAGAAGGUUCACUCUCUAACAAAACGCGACUAUUACGACAGAUAUGACCGCUAGGUGGCGCAAACACGAGCAGGCGUCCGUUCCGUAGCGGUGUGCGGCAACUACUAUGGCUAGACACCAAAAUUGGUGUGGGCGCAUGUACCUAGUACCUACUUGUACUAAUGAGAUCGUGAUUUCAAUAUUUAGUUGGAUGGUGAGCGUAUUUUUGUAAAUGUAAUAAUGAAAAAACUAAAUAUGUCAUAUUUUACAAUGAUUACACUAAAUUGGUGGUAUUAUAAGUGAAAUCAUAUUAAGUUAACUAAAUCAAUCUAAAAUGUCUAAAGCUGUUCCAAAAAUCACAAUUAAAUUGACCAGGGCACUGCAUAAAUCACACUGAAUUGAGUGAAGAUCACACUAAAAUUACUAAAUGACACAACCAUUCCAAAUCAGUUAUCUAAAUCACACCUAAUCAACCAAAAUGGCUAGUUGACUACUCGUUCUAUAAAAUUCCCAUAAAUCUGCCACCAUUGGCUACCAAGGCCUCGCCAGAAGCGAAGAAGAUCACUCAGCUGAAGGAUCUACUGGAGCGCAUGCUCAUGCUCGACCCGGCUAAGCAUAUAUUGUAUUGAAAUGACAGCUGUCAUCGUAGCCAAGCUAUGUGAAAAAUACUAUAAACCUAGGGGCCAAUUUUAUAAAGCUGCCUUUACAUUUACCGUUGACACUUGAGAGGUUUUUUGACGACGAUUGUUACUCGUAGCUUUAUAAAAUAAGGUCCUGCAGGCAUAUUAUGAAUCGCUUUAUCCAUGUGAUAACUGAUAAAACAACUAUCACUUUUUAACUCCGCGGGAUAGAAAGUGACGGACACCAUUUUAUCAGUAUCACGCUGUCACGCAGACGAACGACCUUCACAUCCGUACUGCCGGCGUAUUAUGGAUUGGAUGGAUUGAGCUUUAUCCAUCUUUUUCCACGUGAUAAAAUAACUGUCACUUUUUAACUCCGCGGGAUAGAAAGUGACGGACACCAUAUUAUCAGUAUUACGCUGUCACGCAGACAAGAACGACCAUCACAUCCGUACUGCCGGCGUAUUAUGGAUUGGAUGGAUUGAGCUUUAUCCAUCUUUUUCCACGUGAUAAAAUAACUGUUACUUUUUAACACCUUUGGAUAGAAAGUGACGGACACCGUUUUAUCACGCUGUCACGUAGACAAGAACGACCAUCAUAUCCGUACUGGUCGGAUAGAAUGUAACACAGCUUAUACAUAUGUGUCGUUAGACUUGAAAUGUAUCUGAACUUUACUUUGACAACUUUACUUUUAGGUACUUUGACUUAAAAUUUAUAAAAAUUCUUGGCGUUAUUGUGCGCGUUGGAGUUGGAGAGUCUGCCACCUAUAGUAUUAUAUAACUCGAAGGGAAGUAACGUAAAAGUAACGUAAAAACCCCAAAUAUCGCAAAAUUUUAUCCCACCCAUCGAGUUUGAAAAAUACUAUCUAAUAUUUAAACGGGCAAUUCUUGUAUAUUUAUAUAUAUAUUUCGGGGAUCUCGGAAACGGCUCUAACAAUUUCGAUGAAAUUUGGUAUAUGGGGGUUUUCGGGGCCGAAAAAUCGAUCUAGCUAGGUGUUAUCUCUGGGGAAACGCGCAUUUUUGAGUUUUUAUAUGUUUUCCGAGCAAAGCUCGGUCUCCCAGAUAUUAGUGGCUUAAAUCAGAAACAUAAGUAUAAGUACAUUAAGAACCAUGACUGAAACUUGACAUUGACACUUCGACCCAAUAUAGGUACAGUCAUCUGCAAUAAUAUAUUACACUUCGAAGGCCGCAAAAAUAUCUGACACGAUCUUAUUUGUAGAGCCAUAAGAAUGUGUCACAUAUUUUUGCGGCCUUGGAAGAGUAACAUAUUAUUGCAGGUGACUGUACAGGGGGCUCUUGUGCUGCCCAUUGCGUCGCCGUAAUUGGGCCGACUUUUAUUUUGUUGUUCUUUUAUUUCAGCGUAUGUUCUAAAAAAAUCAUCGACUGAGUUAAGAAUACGUAUCGUUUUCGUAACUCUACGAAAAAUUGCAUACCUACAUUGUUUUUAUUCCAAAUUGGGACAUUUAUCCCACCCAGAAUGAGGAGCUCUUCGAACCAAUCAAAUUCUAUCCAAAUCUAAUAAAAAUACAUCAAAAUAAAAAUCAGCCCAAGUUUGUAAAAAACCCACUACACUGCCAACCCGCGGGUUAAUGCUGUACGAAUAUAGAAAUUUUGGAGCUUGGCCAUUGACGUAUAUCUUCUCAGGACUGGUUUACGGGCAAUCAGAAUGGGGCAUGAAUGGGGCCAGUACUGCGGUGUGACACCGCUACAACGCGGUUGGUUGAUAAGUUCGCAUCACGCGCGCGAUUGGUCGCAACUAGUUGCGUUAGGCUGCACGAUUGGCUCGAAUUCGUGAGUGACACCGCUGAAUUAGUACCAUUUUUAGUGCCCGUAAGGCCCGUCCUGAUAUACGUCUUUGAGCUUGGCACUCAAAGUGUUACAUGAUUAACCCUUGUAGUUACGGAAUUAAAAUGUAUAUUUUAUAAGCUGAUAUAGAAAAUUUGGACUAGAUUGCCCUAUGUGUUUAACAUCAAGGUGAAUAUACAGGUUGUUUUAAUAUGAUCCAACCUCAAAAUCCCGAAAUAAAAUAUAACAACUUUUGUUCGCCUAAGCCUAUUUUGGCGUUAGUCUUUCAGUAUGGUCUAUAUAUUCACCUGGCGGCGUGGAAAACCCUUUAGUACGGUCAAGCAAUUUAAUUUGAGCAUCAUUUUGUAACUUGUCGCAGUGGCAAUAGUGUGAGAUCCCUAGGGACUUUCAUAAAUCAAUAUGAAAAUGAGUCACGACAAGGUACGUAAUGGUACGAAAAUAUGAAAAUGAGUCACGACAAGGUACGUAAUGGUAUGUAAUGGUACGAAAAUGAAAUUCUUUGACUGUACAUUUCUUCAACUUAACUCAGACGCUAGGCAUGGUAGUUGUGCGAUUAUCUGUAGGAUCUAAUUUCUUACUGGAAAUACGAAUCAAUUCCAUGUUAUCAAACAGUAGUUAACCUAAAUAAAAAGAUCAGACUUCUCACCGAACCGUCUCAGUUAAGCAGUGGAUGUAAAGUUAAGUUUAAUUAUAGUUAGGCGUUAAUUUCAGAAGAUGUAAUGACGUGUCAAUGAAGUUACUUAAGUUGGGAUGUGUUAGUUGGAAAUAAUUAAAUUAUUAAGACAUUUA